AUGCCUCGACGUCUGCAGAAUAUCACCCUCAACUACAGAGAGGACACGUUGAGCUUCUGUUCUUUUAUUUUCUCCGACGGACCCCGCCGAGCAACGUGCAUCAGGAGCCUCAAGUUCAGCGGCACAUCCCUCGCUAUGAGCGAUCGCAUAGGUGUGGGGAAGCUCGUGUCCGACGCGUCCCUCGCUUAUAAGCUCGCAAGGGUGAUAGCUCUCGCAACGGGUCUGAGAUCCGUGCGCUUUGACAACACGUUUAUCCCAUCACUUGGGGCCGUCUUCGAUUCCUCGCCUGCGCUGGCGGAUGCUCUCGCAGGAACCACCAGUCUCCGAGAAGUACAGUUCUACGUCAAAGAUGGUGGAUGCCUCACCUUGCUUGCUCGGAUGAAGAACCGCCUACAUUCUGUAACUGUUCUCUUUCAUAGACCCAAAGGGGUCGUUGCCCAGAUGCGGGCCCUCCUUCAACCUGAAACCCACGAUGCGAUUAUCCGAGAAAGAUACGGACCCGGCAUCACCUGGCCUGCCGUACAGGAUUUGACUGUGUCGGGGACCAUCAAAAGUCUUUCGACACUUUCCCAUGCGUUCCCUAAUGUGCGGAGCGUUGAUGCAGUCGAUCUGAGGCCCGAGGGCACUGCGGGAGGCAAUCUUUUACACACUGUGAACGGCAGUCCUGUGGGCACUGCAGAUGACUGGACCCAAUUGGACGUAGUGACCUUGGAUCGUCCCAUCUCAUUGCUUCACCCAGUCCGUCACCUCAAUCUAACUCGCGUUUACGUGGAUAACACCAAGGGUUGGUCUGCCACCGCGACGUUGAUCAGCUGUGCAUCUCCCGUCAUUAUUUCUCUCGCAGUAUUCACCACACGCUUCCUCGAAUGGAUCGCGAAAUUCGCCACAUGCUGCCGCUAUAUGCGCAUCUACUCAGAGAAUGUCCGCUUGUAUGAUUGGAUCGAUCGCUUCGCCCCUCUUCUCUCAUCGGUGCCGCUGCAUGCGAUCCUUCUGAUCGCCUGGGGCCACCGGCUUGACGAUCGAUCAUCUUUGGUGAAGCAAGCGAGACUGAUUGCGGCUUGUAUCCCUUCGCUAGUGUACAUCAAUAUCGCUCCAAUGCAAAGCAUCGAGGGGCGCAUGGACUGGUACUAUCGGGUUGAAUCCCGUGCGCACGAGGAUGGACCACAAAUCAUUCUUCUCCCACAUGACAAAGGCGACAUACUUAAGCAGAUUCUCCUUGAGACUGCUCGGGGUUGA